AUGAAGAAAUACAACGGGCGUGAUUCAUCUGGAGGACAAAGACGACUGAUUGUUUUCGUUGCUGCAUUUAUUUUGACGUGGAGCAAAGUUUACGCACAGAUCAGAUAUUCAAUCGCUGAGGAGGUAAAAGAAGGGACUGUUGUUGGUAACAUAGCAAAAGAUUUGGGACUAGACAAAGCCUCGCUGAAAGAGAGAGGAUACCGCAUCGUGGAGGGCUCGUCGGGGCCCUUUUUUAGCGUCAACCAUGGUGAUGGCCUGCUCUAUGUUGACCGAGUAAUCGACAGGGAGAAGGUGUGCGAGAGGAGCAGCGUGUGUGUGAUCCAACUGAAAACGCUGUUGGAAAACCCGCUGGAAAUCCACUACGUGAGCGUAGAAGUGUUGGACAUUAACGACCACUCUCCGAGCUUCUCCGUUAACGCGUCGCGCCUUGAUAUCUCCGAGUCCGCUUUGCCGGGUUUGCGCCUGCAGCUGCAAGCCGCGCACGACCCCGAUGUCGGUUCCUUCUCCAUCCAGGAGUAUAAACUCAGUGCUAAUGACCAUUUUCGUUUGGAAGUUAAAGAACGAGGGAAGGAUGGUAAAAUACCGAUUUUAGUGCUGUUUAAGUCGCUGGACAGAGAAACAAAGAGCAAACACAAAUUGCUCUUGUCAGCUUUUGAUGGAGGAAAGCCGAGUAGAUCCGGAGCUGUGGAAAUAUGGGUACAUGUUUUAGAUGUUAAUGAUAAUAUGCCAGUGUUCACAGAAGAAAGUUAUUCGGUGCUUUUGAAUGAAAAUGCCCCAACUGGCACAACUGUUGUAAAAGUGAAUGCCACAGAUUUAGAUGAGGGCACCAAUAGUGAGAUUGUAUACACAUUAGGUAAUAAUGUAAAUAGCAGAAUACGUGAACUGUUCCGUGUAGAUCCCCAUACAGGUGUAAUUACUGUACAAGCUCUGAUUGAUUCUGAAUUAGAGGAGAGCUACGAGAUUGAUAUACAGGCAUCUGAUAAAGGGUCUGCUCCUCUCCAAACAGAAAAAAGUAUUACGGUAAAAAUAAUUGAUUUAAAUGACAACACUCCUCAGAUAGAGGUUACAUCCUUUUCCAGAGCAAUAGCAGAAGAUGCAAGACUGGGAACCACUGUAGCAUUAAUUAGUGUUCUUGAUAAAGACUCUGGUAUGAAUGGAAAAGUUUUUUGCUCACUCGGUGAAAAUGUUCCUUUCACAUUAUCGCCUUCAUCACAAGACAACAUGUAUUCUAUAGUCACAAAAUCGUCAUUGGAUAGAGAACGGCAAUCCGCAUAUGAGGUCACAGUAUUUGCAAAAGAUGCAGGCGUGCCAUCUUUAUCAUCUGAAAAAAGUAUAACUAUUGUUGUGUCCGAUGUGAAUGACAACAGGCCGGAGUUUUCACUGACUCCUUACACGUUUUAUGUUACUGAGAAUAAUUCUCCAGGGCAAUCAGUAUUUUCUGUGAGUGCAUUUGACCACGAUGAAAGUAAUAAUGCUCACAUUUCAUAUCACAUUGUAAGAAAUGAAAAAGAGAAGGAACAACUGUAUAUACACAGUCUGAAUAUUAAUUCUGAAACAGGAGAAAUUCUGGCACUAAAAAGUUUUGACUUUGAGACUGUUAAAAGUUUCCAUUUCCAAGUAGCGGCCACCGAUGGCGGAAGUCCUCCAUUGAGCAGCAACGUGACAGUAAACGUGUUCAUUCUGGAUCAAAACGACAACGCUCCAGCCAUCCUGUAUCCGGUCAGCUCCAACGGUUCUUCAGAAGGUGUGGAGGAGAUUCCCCGCAAUAUGAAAGCAGGAGAAUUGGUGACAAAAGUCAGAGCCUAUGACGCUGAUAUAGGAUAUAAUGGCUGGUUACUCUUUUCCUUUGGACAAGUCACUGACCACAGUCUCUUUUCUUUGGACCGCUAUACGGGCCAAAUCAGAACACUUCGCUCCUUGACAGAGACAGACGAGGCUGAGCAUCGACUGCUCAUUCUGGUCAAAGACAACGGCAAUAUUUCACUCUCAGCAACAGCUACUGUUACUGUCAAACUUGUAGAGCCCAAAGAGGCUUUUUCUGCUUCGGAUGUCAAAAGUGCAGCAAAAGUAGACCAGGAGGAGGACAAUGUGACUUUCUAUCUCAUCAUCACUUUGGGCUCGGUCUCACUGCUUUUUGUCAUCAGCAUCAUCGUGCUGAUCGCCAUGCAGUGUUCGAAGUCAACAGAGUACACUUCCAAAUAUCUCCAGGAAACUAAUUAUGAUGGCACACUGUGUCAUAGCAUCCAGUAUAGAUCGGGAGACAAACGCUACAUGUUAGUUGGACCCAGAAUGAGUAUUGGUUCUACUAUAGUCCCAGGAAGCCAAGCCAACACUCUGGUGCUCCCCGACAGGAGACACACUUCUGGGGAGGUAAGACAGAAGCAACAUUAUACGUACUUGACGUUGUCAGCUCACAUGAAGAGCCCGCCCAUUCAAUAUCAGUCUCAAGGUUCUACAAUAUUCAGCUGA